AUGGCCCAUAUCUCAAAGAAGAGGAAGUUCGUCGCAGACGGUGUCUUCUACGCAGAACUCAACGAAUUCCUCACCCGUGAACUCGCAGAAGAAGGAUACUCUGGUGUAGAAGUCCGAGUAACUCCAUCUCGUACCGAAAUCAUUAUAAGAGCUACCCAAACCCAAAAAGUCCUGGGUGAAAAGGGACGACGAAUCCGUGAAUUAACAUCUGUAGUAUCAAAGAGAUUCAACUUCCCUGAUGGCACUGUUGAAUUGUAUGCUGAGAGAAUUCAGUCUCGUGGUUUGUCUGCUAUUGCUCAGGCCGAGUCUUUGAAGUUUAAGCUGAUUCAAGGAUUGGCAGUCCGUCGUGCUUGCUACGGUGUGGUCCGCUUCAUCAUGGAAGCCGGUGCCAAAGGUUGUGAAGUUGUCGUAUCAGGAAAAUUACGUGGUGCUCGUGCAAAAUCAAUGAAGUUCAUUGAUGGAUUUAUGGUCCACUCUGGUCGUCCAGCUGUAGACUUUAUUGAUUACGCUGUCAGACACGUCUUAUUGCGUCAAGGUGUAUUGGGUAUCAAGGUCAAGAUCAUGUUGGAUUCUGACCCUACCGGAAAGACCGGUCCACAAAAACCACUACCAGAUAAUGUCACCAUUCUUGAACCAAAAGAUGAAGAACCACCACGUGUUGUUGCUCCAGUCGUUCCAGUGGCACCAGCGCCAGUAGUAGAGCAAAUGUAG